GUGGAGUUCAACCGGCAAUGCCCAUGCCUGCCUACCCUUUAAGACAUGCCAUACUAAUUAGACUAAUUGGCUGAUGUCUACAAAGUUGGGUGGCUGAUUCGGCUUUUACACAGUAUGGUCAUGGCCUCAGGCAUUCAUACUGAGUGGUGCCCAAGGCAGAUCGCUAGGGGCAUUCCUGGCGCAGAGGAUAGCAACAGAGGUUGUGCUCUUCAUGAGAAUGGGACUCAAGAACUAACUACUAACUACGAUGUAGAUCGACCAUUCCUGCAGGCAUUCGACACCGAGUUGACUAGCUAUCUUACUAGUGAAUCUCACCGAUAGCAAGCAAGCGACCGAACCCAAUAACUCUCCUUCCACGGAUAGGACAUCACCCGCGGGGACAUGCUUAUCGAGAACCGGACUAAUUAACUACGGAAUGCCAACUGAAACUAGCUUCGAAUCAUUCCCUUUGAUGCAUUCCCCCGCUUCGUACGCCUGUUUUCCUGGCCCCCUCUGUCUUCCCCUUUGUACGCCCGGCCCCCAGCCACUGCUGAUCUUUACUAUCCUGUUUGCUUCUUAACCCCAAUCUCCCCGCCAUGCCUCUCCGCACACUUCAACAAACCUGCCUCUAAUUGUACCCUGUUUCCACUUUUACCAUGCCCCUUGCUCGCCUCUGGCCGGCGUGCCUCACGCUGCUCGUGGCCGGGGCCGCCGCCGUUAAGGUCAAUCCUUUACCAGCUCCGCGCAACAUUUCUUGGACUUCUUCGGGUCCUAAGCAGCUGGCAAGCUUUGUCAGUCUCCGUGCAUCGCAAGAUACCCCCGACUUCAUUCUCGCCAAUGGAUGGAAUCGCGCAUGGGAUUCUAUUGUCUCCUUACAAUGGGUACCCGCAGCGACCGAAGGCCCCAUGUCAUCCUAUCAACCUUUUCCCACCGCGACGGCCGCGGCCGGGGUCACUAAACGGUCCUCGCAGGCACUGCCAUCGCUGCAGUUUGUUGAUGUGAAUGUGGCUGAUCUUGACGCGGAUUUGCAGCAUGGAGUUGACGAGUCUUACACACUGGAGGUCACCGAGAGCGCUACUUCAGUCGUCAUCGAGGCACCCACUGUCUGGGGAGCACUCCAUGCCUUUACUACUCUCCAGCAGCUGGUCAUCUCUGACGGACAGGGCGGCUUGAUAAUUGAGCAGUCAGUUAAGAUCCAGGAUGCGCCGCUCUAUCCUUACCGGGGUAUCAUGCUUGAUACUGGUCGAAAUUUUAUCUCAGUUAGCAAGAUCUAUGAGCAGCUGGACGGCAUGUCACUUUCUAAGCUCAAUGUUCUACACUGGCACAUGGAAGACACCCAAUCGUGGCCAGUGCAGAUUGAUGCCUAUCCAGAGAUGAUCCAUGAUGCCUACUCCCCGCGCGAGGUAUAUUCACACGCCGACAUGCGCAAUAUCGUAGCGUAUGCCCGAGCACGCGGCGUACGGGUCAUUCCUGAGAUUGAUAUGCCCAGCCAUUCCGCUUCGGGUUGGAAACAGGUUGACCCCCAGAUGGUCACCUGCGUGGAUUCCUGGUGGUCUAAUGAUGAUUAUGCCUUGCAUACCGCGGUAGAACCCCCACCCGGUCAAAUGGACAUCAUUUACAACGGCACAUAUGAUGUGGUCCGAGAGGUAUAUAAUGAGCUGUCCAGUAUCUUCCCGGACAACUGGUUCCAUGUUGGAGCGGAUGAGAUUCAGCCGAACUGCUUUAACUUCAGCAGCUACGUCACUCAGUGGUUCGCAGAGGAUCCGUCGCGCACUUACAAUGAUCUGGCCCAGUACUGGGUAGACCACGCAGUACCGAUCUUCCAGAACUACAGUUCCUCGCGGCAGCUGGUUAUGUGGGAAGAUAUCGUGCUAUCUACGGAGCAUGCGCAUGAUGUACCCACAAACAUCGUGAUGCAAACCUGGAACAACGGGCUGGAUUACAUCAAUCAGCUGACUGCCAAAGGCUACGAUGUGAUUGUGUCAUCAUCGGACUUCAUGUAUCUGGACUGUGGGAUGGGUGGCUUUCUAACCAACGAUCCCCGAUACGAUGUAAUGAGCAAUCCAGAUCCAAACACUCCCAAUUUCAACUAUGGCGGCAACGGAGGCUCGUGGUGUGCGCCGUACAAGACGUGGCAGCGUAUCUACGACUAUGACUUCACGCAGAAUCUGACUGACGCCCAGGCCCAGCACAUCGUGGGCGCGGAGGCACCCCUCUGGUCGGAACAAGUAGAUGAUGUGACUGUCUCUAGUCUGUUCUGGCCGCGCGCCGCUGCUCUGGCAGAGCUGGUAUGGUCUGGGAAUCGGGACGAGAAUGGACAUAAGCGCACGACGCUGAUGACGCAGCGUAUCUUGAACUUCCGCGAGUACUUGGUGGCCAAUGGGGUGCAGGCGAAAGCGCUGGUUCCUAAGUACUGUGUGCAGCGCCCACAUACCUGCGACUUGUAUCGCAACCAGAGUGUAAUUCAGUAAAUUGGAUUGAGAACGGCGAUUGACAUGACAUAAGGGAUCGAUAUGGCUGACGAUCUUAACCACACAUAUUAAUCUAGUCCUAAAACCGAGUUUCGUGUCUACGUUCUUGUCCUGAGAGAAUGUUAUCAGUAUGUUCGUGAUAUAGCAGUUAGACAAUCCGAUACUCGAACAAACUGUAAGAUUCAUUAUAUAGUAUUAAAAGGUUUUUUUCUUGUUGGCUACUGCCAGGAUACGAAAGUCUAUGAGUCGGGAUGUCCUGGAUUAGUGGAACAGAAGCUCCCUUAAAAACACAAAAUGUGGG